AUUGGGCUGUGCAACGACAAGAAAUACUACGAGCGGGAGAGAAUAUUUGCAGCUCAAGGAAAAAAUGGCCAAGGCAAUUCACGCCCGUCGCUUGGAAGGGGUGGACAAGAAUAUCUGGGUGGAAUUUUCCCGACUGGCGGCUACACACAAGGCAGUGAAUUUGGGCCAAGGUUUCCCCAAUUUCUCCCCGCCGGAUUUCAUCAAGAAGGCCUACGUGGAAGCGAUCAGCAGAGAGAACACCAAGGUCCACCAAUACACGCAGGCCUUU